AUGGCGUCCUCAACAGAACACCGCUCCUUGUGCAAUGUUUGCAAUUACAAGUAUGCCAUUUACACCUGUCCCCGCUGUACCACACGCACAUGCUCCCUUCCAUGCUCUUCAUCCCACAAGUCUUCAACUGGAUGCUCUGGAGAACGUAACAAGGCAGCGUAUGUCCCAAUGAACCGGUAUGGGUGGGGUACUAUGAUGGAUGACUACACGUUUCUUGAGGGUGUUGGGAGAAAAGUAGAGGGUUGGGGGCGAGAGAUCGCCAGGGGAAGGUUCGGGAAUGGAAGACCGGCCGUGAGGGGUAGAGGGAGGGGCGGAGGAAGUGGUGGGGCAGGAUCGACGACAAAGAGAGACGUUCUCAAAGUACAGCUGGACAUGCGGGAUAUUGAGAUGGAGCUGCUGCCGGUUGGAAUGGAAAGACGUAAAAUGAAUGAAUCGAGUUGGGAUUUCAAAAACAAAACAGCUCUUUUAACCGUCCAAUUUAAAUUCAACCCACCCCGCAAUCCAUUCGCACCGUCUUCCCAACAACCAGACCCCCCAUUCGUUUUGGUCACACACCGUAACAACAUAAAUCAGACACUGCUGUCCCUCAUCCAAGGUCACGUAAAAGAUCGGGCAAAGUCCAAGAAUUCAUGUCCGGGAUGGGUGAAAUCCCUUGUCCUUCCCAACCCGAGCGAAACGGAUUCGUUUGUACCUCCACAAUGUGUGAUGCCAGCACAGAUCAAUUCGGUCACGAUAAAUCCAGGAUCACGGCCAUACUACUCAUUUAACCCACUGGAAUCCUUCGUUUCCCUCCUUCGCAAGACCCACUUCGUUGAAUUUCCGACGAUAGAAAUUUGGGAAGAAUUCGAAGGGACGGUGUUGAGUACGGAGGGAACCAUCGUGCGACAAAAAGAGGAGCGUCCGUUGAAAAGGAGGAAACUGACGUCGAAAGCCAGCAAAGCAGCAAUGAACGGGUUACUGGGUGCUUACGGCAGCGAAGAGGAGGACGAGACUGACUCCCAGAAUGUGCUAUCCAUAUUAGGUGAUUACGUGGGGAGUGACGAAGAAUUUGUUGACGAUGAGAGGAAGGGCGAAGAUUAUGCUGAUGCUGAUGGGGUGACAGAUGAAGAAGUGGAUAUCGACCUUGAUCCUGCUGCAUUGUUGGAGCUAGUGCGACAGAUAGAAGACGGCAAACAAUUGAGAGGAGGGGUAAACAACGAUAAUGUUGACUGGGGAGAUUCUGAUGAUGGCGGGGACGUUGAGUAA